GGCUUCCAUAGAAAUGAAGUGAAAACGCUCGCUCAGCUUCGCCCAAAGCGCGCCAGUGGAAACGUACAGUCAGUUUUACCAGGAGAGGCGAGUGAACACAAGUAUGAGAAGGACGCGAGAACACAUGUGACGAGCACGCGGAAACGAUACCGCUGUUACUGGAAAUCUGAGCACGAAUGCGCUGCUUUAUUUGGGGUCUUCUGACUGAGAACUUUUGUUUAUCGGAUGUCAGUUCGUAUCUAUGUGGGAUUUCUGGCGUUUUCUUUUGAGGAAGUGCUAGUCCCAUUCCCCCCACUCCUUUCUCAUCCUUUUGGUUUUUAUCGGGGUUCUUUGGUCUAACUACUCUCUUGUCCCUGGGGUCGCGUGGUGCUUUACGCGAGUCUACGAUCCAGAUUAUCAACACUUUAUCACGAAUUAAAUCAGGAUGUAUGGACAAGUGUUGAUGUGGGAAGGAACUUUGUAAACACAUCCCUAUCCAAACACUGACCCCAGCAGAUCCAACUCGCCUAAACUGGAUAAAGGGAUGGUGUGUCAGGACCCCAGUGGGUUCGGAAAUGCGCCAUGUUUGUGAGAGCGAUGUCCCUGGCAGACAUGUCCGGAUCAUACAGUACUGUGUAAAGCAGCUGGAAAAUCCACUCCUGUCCUCCCUCAUUCCUGUGUUUUAAAUAACCGGUGACUGUUCGGUGUUGUGCAAAUGUAAAGGAGGACUGCACAGAUCUGUUCUUCCCCUGAGGGAAUCGAGGAAGUCUCGCAACCAAAAGCUCCAGUGGCAGUGUUUACAACGAAACUGCCUGUCAGGCUCAGAGCACUGAUAAUCUGGAAAGUUCUGGGGAGCCUGGGACCACUGCCAACUUUAAGGGGAAGAUGAGCAAAAGGCUUUCUGUUGUGAAAGGUCACUUCCCCAAACUUGUUGAUUGUGCUCACUUUCACUAUGAAAAUGUGGACUUCGGUUCUAUUGAGCUUCAAUUUGCCAACGAGCAGAGCGAUGCCAGCUGGACAUUGGGCAGUGCCAAAGAUCUGGUCUUCCUUGUGCAGGUGUCAUGCCAGGGUAAGACGUGGAUGGUGCGGCGUUCGUAUGAAGAAUUCCGUACACUGGAUGGCCACCUGCAUCAGUGCAUUUAUGACCGCCGUUACUCCCAGCUCUUGGCCUUGCCAGCCCUCUGCGAUAUUGGAGAACGGUUGGAGAUCUUCACACCACUGUUGUCGGAGUAUCUGAACCGUUUCUCCACGAUCGUGGACAGUAAGUUGAAUUGCGGGCCGGUUCUCAGCUGGAUGGAGAUUGACAACCAUGGCAACAGGUUCCUGCUGAAAGAAGAGGCAUCAUUAAACAUCCCCGCCAUUGCUGCUGCUCACGUCAUCAAGCGAUACACUGCCCAGGCCAGUGAUGAGAUCUCCAUUGAGGUUGGUGAUAUCUUGUCUGUGAUUGACAUGCCACCCAAAGAAGACACCACAUGGUGGAGAGGAAAACAUGGGUUCCAGGUUGGCUUCUUUCCUAGUGAAUGUGUGAAAUUAAUCAAUGAGAAGUUGACGCAGUCAGUCAGCGCUCCUGUCAGUAAACAAGAGGUGGAUUCUUUAUGCUCUAAACCUGGUGUUGCCAACACGACUGGCCCUUCCUCUCCAACAUCAGUGUCUAAUAAACACGGCAAGCUGAUUGGAUUCCUUCGCACCUUCAUGAAGUCCAGACCCACCAAACAAAAGCUCAAACAGAGGGGCAUCCUGAAAGAACGAGUGUUCGGCUGUGACCUUGGAGAGCAUCUCCUCAACUCUGGCCUAGACGUUCCCCAGGUCCUGAAGAGCUGCUCAGAUUUUAUCGAGAAGUAUGGUGUGGUGGAUGGGAUCUACAGACACUCUGGAGUGUCCUCCAACAUACAGAAGCUCAGGCACGAGUUUGACAGUGAAAAUGUUCCGGAUCUGACGAAAGAUAUGUACAUGCAGGAUAUUCACUGCAUUGGCUCUCUGUGCAAACUCUACUUCAGAGAGCUGCCCAAUCCGCUCCUCACAUACCAACUCUACGAAAAGUUUGCUGAAUGUAUGGGAGAAAUGACGGAGGAGGAGAGAAUGGCGAAAAUACAUGAUGUUAUACAACAACUGCCGCCUCCUCACUACCGCACUUUGGAGUACCUCAUCAGACACCUGGCGGGUUUGGCUACCUGUAGUGGAGAGACUAACAUGCACAUAAAGAAUCUGGCCAUCGUCUGGGCCCCCAACCUGCUCCGGUCCAAAGAAAUCGAGGCAGCGGGCUUGAGUGCCGCUGAUUCGUUUAAAGAAGUACGUAUCCAGUCAGUGGUCGUAGAGUUUCUACUCAGUAAUGUGGAAGUUCUGUUCAGCGAUUCUUUCACAUCAGUUGGACGUUUUAACACAGCACGGCAGUCUCUGACCAGACCCAAGUCGUUUGUUUCCACCAGACUUCUGUCUCUGGAGGAGGCACAAGCUCGCACCCAAGCUCCACUUCUCCUGCAGGGAUCUCCGCAUGUGUUAAAGGGACAGUUUCACACUGUGCUGGACCUGCCUCCAGACAAGAGGAAAAGAGGAAUGAAGGUCCGGAAAUCAGCAGUAGGGAGCUGGAAGACAUUCUUUGCCAUCGGGAAACCUGCAGCAGCGGGUCAGCGUGAAACCACCAGGAUUAACUCUCUGUUCCACCCCUCUACCUCUCAUGCAGGUUGCAGGGUGGACGUUGUGACACUCAGGUCAGCAAAGAGUGAGGAGUCCCUGUCAUCUCAGCACAGUGGAGCAGGUCAGGGGAAGACGCAGCAGUUCCGAAGACCUCGCUCUAUCAGUGAUAGUCUCUCUAUGGCUGCCUCCAUCGACACUCAGCUCCUUCCCCAGUGUUCACCAUCUAGAAUCCACCCCAGCCGCUCUUACGACAGCCUGCUGCCUGGAGAAACCUGUUGUGCUGAUGAGGAAGAUGAUGAGCGUGAAGAUGAAGAGGGUGUGUACAUGCUGCCUGAUUUCUCCCAGGAACCAUCUGCAUCAUGGAUGGCAGAAGAUGUCAUUGACUUUAGCCCCACCUUCCUGGAAGAUGGGCCAAUAGGAUUGGGGAACACGGGCGUGACUACUAGCAGCCCGGAGUCCGCUCCUUCAGCCGCACCCCCUCCAUACCGUUGUCUGAGUCAUCAAGGACACGCCCACUCCGGGAGCCAGCGUCCAAUCACAGAGGAUCCCGACUCGGUGCUGAACCAAUCAGAGGCCACGGCCCGACGUAGUUUGAUCCUGGCCGCAGCGGCUCCGCCUCAGCAAGUGUUCUGUCAACAUAAGCCGUCUGUGGUCAUUAAUCCUCCCGCAACCUCUGCCCUGCAUGGCGAGUCAAAUGUAAACCCAUCCCACAGCCAGACGCCAGCUUCAGUGAUCUCUGCACCCCCUUCCCAUCCCCCUCAAGAGAGGCGUUCCUUUACACGUAAAGUGGUACAUGCUCUUUCUGCUAAAGCUCCAAAAUCCUCACCUCUGGACAUCUCUGACCCCAUUGCCAUCAGCCUGCCUGCAAAGGUUCUAGAAAUGAUUGGUGGGCGAGCAGGUGAAUUGCAGCUUGGACCCCCAAGCAGUGGACCUCCCCAGCCACCCCAGAUGAUAUCCAUGCUCUUGAGGUCAUGUGACUUUCAGCUCACAGAGAGCUGCCAGCAAGAGCUCAGCUGUAAGUUGGGCCCCAGCAUCAAGAUCAAGGGCCCCAGUAUCUUGGGUCCCAUUGGUGUUCUCUUACCUUCACAGCAACCCCCUCCUCCUCCUCCCAAAAACCCUGCACGCCUUAUGGCUUUAGCCCUGGCCGAAAGUGCUAACAAGGCGCUGCGGCAAGGUGCCUCUCCCUCUUACCGCCCCCGCCACAGUGGAACCCCCACUGACACAGACGUUCGCUUCCAGAGGUCCCUUUAUACUGAUGCAGGAGAUCUGUUGUCCUCUGAUCCUAAUCAGAUCUACUCCAAAGACAACCCCCUUUCUGUGUGGAGGAAUGAGGGUGAUGAUGAUAGAAGAACUGCAACUGAAAAGCCUGCAGAAAUAUCUGGGUUGGAGGCAAGGUCACCAACUGGCCAGGACAUUGGGACUCUCUCUUCUGACAGCUCGGUCUCUAAUUCUGUGACAUCCAAUUCUGAGUUAUCAGCUGCCAGUUCCUCUGAGGACAAUGAGCGAACCCCAGGCCCCAUCUAUAAGAAUGCGGAGACAAUUUCUCCACGUCAAGCACAGCCCUCAAAAUCUAGCCCAGCCUCCUCUAGCGAUGGCCAGUCUCAGAGAAAACCUCCAGCGUAUGGGUGUCAGUUUUCAUCUCCACAGCUUCAGCAGCAGAAAUCCAGCACCCAGGCCAAGCCUGCAACACAGCCACACUCUAAGCACCUGCACUCCAAGUCAGAGAACUCUCCGCUGGCCCAGGUACGAGCCUUCCAACCCACUCGCCCUAAAGUGCCACCCAAGCCCCCUGAUCUUGUUCCCUUGAAGGCUCCGCUCUCACAGACCAACCGUCAUGAUUACAUGCGUCGCUCCCUGGAUGCCAACCACAUUCAACGAUUAGUAGGUCCUCCUCAAGGGAACACACCACUUUCUAGAGCUUUCUCUGAGCGAAUCAGCAGCACCUCUGACAUGUUAUCUCACUACCAUGCAGCCAGAAUGGCCAGUCAAGCCACACAGGCUGGACACCUUCCCCAACAGCAACAACAGGCCCAGUCUGUUCAAAUCAGACCUGUUGUCCCCUCCUCUAAAGAUCCAACCAAGAUGGAGAACCUCUAUUAUGAAAUUGGAGCUCCAGAGCACCCGCAAGUGCCACCCAGCUAUGCACGUCACAGCUAUUAUAAUAUGAAGUUGGAUCUGGAAGGCAACCUUCGUUUCUCUGACCCAUCCAAUCAAAGGCCUGUGUCUAGGGGUCAACCUCCUCCCUACAAUGCCCAAGGACCUGGGGGUGUUAGGGCUCUGCAGCUGUGGUCAUCUGAGGCCACACGAGUUUGGGCCGCAGCACAUUCUCACUCUUUCUCUUUUACCCAUUCUCAUUCUCACCAUUGCUCUGAGGACGGAUUGUCAGGUCAGCCUCACCACCUACGUCCACACAGACAGACAUCGUCGUCUGUCAGGCUUUCCCGUAGCGAAGUGUAUCCCAUCCCUUCAACUGCUGGUGUGGGCUCCUCAGUAGGCAUGUUGCCCCUGUCCGUGCACCAGCGUAGCUUGCAUCAUUCCCAAUGUUUGCCUUCUGUGGACCACACAGCCUCUCAGCUUCAUCCCUACUUUGAAAAUGGGAAGGUGUGUUAUAGGCACUUUGAGGCUUCCAGGCUGGAUGAUUUGCCACCGAAUGCUGUAUUGAAGCCAAAUGAAGCACAGCCGUCUCGGGCUUUCCCAGAACAAGGCCUCACGAAAGAUCAGCCUGAGCCUAUCUAUGUAAACUACCCUUUCGUGAGCCCACCAGCAGCUGGGGUUAAUCCAAAGGCCUGGGCAACCACAGACCUUGAUGUAGAUGAUCACCAGGCAACUGAGACACUAGCACCACCUUCAGAGCCACCACAUGAUGACAAGCUGAAGCAAUCGGAGCAAGAAAGUCCCACAAUUGACUUUGACAGUCCUGCCCAGAAUGAUGCGUUGUCGAAUUCCAAAGCGGUCAAUAUAGCAGUGUCCACCUGCUCAGCCAUGCACUUCCGCAGUCACUCAGAUCCGCAAAAGACCAGCUCAGAGCCUUCCCGUGUCCUGACAGGGAAGGAAAUUGCCUCCUUGCUAAUCGAAAAGCUUGCCGAGGAUGAAAGGGAGGGUCCUUUGGUUCCGGCCUCUUCCACUUUAUUCUCUUCUCCGCAUAUCAAGCACCCCCCCAAUCCCUACCCCAGUCAGCAGCAACAACCACCUGCUUACAAUGUCUACAUCCCAGGACCAUCUCGAGGGCACUUUGAGGGUCAGAUGCCACAAAGCGAGGGAUCAGGAGCUUUCCAACGUCAGGACCCCUUGAGGAGAUCUUCCGGAGGUCAGUAUAGACAAGCUUUUGAUGUCAUGCCAUCUGGUGAUCAAGUCCUUAAAUUUUACAGAAACCAAGACUUCAUCCUAGAUGAUCAGGAAGAAAGCACAACCCCUAACCCUUAUCCCUCAAAACCAUACUAUCAGGAACCCCUGUACCCAAACUGGGGCACUCAGGCCCUCCCAGAAGCUACCCACACAUGCACUCCACCUACAGUGGCCUUCUCAAACUUAGUGCUUGGAUCAACAAGAGGAAACAAGCCCCAGACAGUGGCCACACUGUAUAACCAGUACCCAUACCAGUCAGGGCCACUGCUUCCUCAUUAUCCCAACACAACCCAAGAAGAUGUUGUUCUGGAUCCUUCUCUCCGACCUCCAGGGUUGCAGAACCAGAGUGGCCUGAACCAACAGGAAAGCCUACCUGAACCCAACUGGACUAUCCGAACUGAAGGCCAGACUCGUAGUUACUGCUAAAGAGCACAACUGCUACAAAAGCCCUGUGUCUUUAAAGGGACUUAAAGGAAUAGUUCUACCAAAAAUUAAAAUUCUGCCAUCAUUUACUCAUCUUCCAAAAGCAGAAGUCAUAAUUCAUUUGAAUAGUGUAGAAAAAAUAUGAAUGGUAACUGAAGAUAACAUUGCAGCCUAACUACUCUUUAGUGUUCCAACGUAAGAAAAGAAAGUCAUAUAGGUUCAGAAUAAUAUGAGAGGGUGAGUACAUGAUGACAGAAUUUUCAUUUUUGUGAGAACUAUCCCAUUUAAAUUGCAUGACAUUGACUCAGGAGGGGAGAUGGGAUGUGCAGAAACAAAGUUAAGUUGGGGACGUCUUCACUUGCAUUUAUGAUUUACAAAGACCCCACUGCUCUCCUCCGAUUAGAGUGUAUAUUUGAGAUAAAAGGUGUACGAAAAAGGCAUAAAGCUUAAAAGGAUCAAAGAAGUGAACCAUAAAGUGGCUUAAAUAAGAAAUCAUUCCACAACACACUGUGCUGUCCAGCAGAGGGAGUCAGAGAGGUGCAAAGCUGCUGUUCCUCUGACAGGAAGUUUCUCAGUGCCAAAUCUUUUGUAUUUUUUUAUUUAAGGUUAUUUUUGACAAUUUUUGACAAUGGUACAGUGGCACAAAAUUAAUAUGUUUUACGUAAUCCUCAAAGUACAAUAAAGAACCUCAAGAGAUGCUGGUUGUUUUUAGAAACUCAAGCUGUAAUUGUUUUUUUCUUCUAUUUUGCUUUUGGCAACAAUGUGAUAUAGUUUCAUUUUGUAUUGCUUUUUUAAAAAUUCUAAGUUAUUGUAAGUUUUCAUUUAAACAAGAUCUUGUAAAAUAGUUUUAUUUGCAUUUUUCAAAUUUGUUUCAGAAAAUGUGAAGGUUAGUGAUUUUAUAAUUUUUUUUUUUUAAGUCUGCAUGUGUAAAUCUGUAUGAGUAUCUUAAGUUAAGCACAUAAUAAGAAGCGAUGUUGCGCCUUGUUUUCAAGGUUUAAUUGUCUCGCUAAUUUUCUGGAGGGUGUACGAUUGAGUGUGCAUAUUACAGUGAGGUACUGUAUUCUGCUCAUUCUCAAGUGUCAGAUGAUGUGUUUAAUAUUGAUGUUCUUACCUAAAGCAAGUAUUUCUACUUGGCUAUGUCCUCCUGAGUCACUCCCGAUUCUCCAUGGCUUCUGUGAUUAGCAAUAUCUAAUGACUGGUAUCAUCCACCGUAAAACACUGAAAAUUCCUUCAAUGCCCACAACACUCUUUUUGCAAGACUUUAUAAAGUUAAAGCUGAUUUAUCAGACUACACUUUAUGGACUCUGUACUGUUCCAUUUUUUGGGUUUGUACCAUACGUAGUGCAGAGAAAAGGUCAGUAAAAUCCUUUAAAGAAUUACCAGAGGUGGGCUCUCUAAAUGUUUGGUUAGUGAUUAGUGCCUUUCAUUAAAUAAUCAAUCUCUUGUAUAGUCAAACUUAAUCUUUCCUUUGUUCUGAAAGCAAAUGUUGAAGAGCUUCAAUACUAUGUGUCACAGCAAGAUGCAAACCUUGUCCUGACCUGUACAAAAAAAGUCCUGUCUCUACCAUGGUACAGUAAUGGUAUUAGAUAGCUAAUACCAUUGCACUUUGAUAUAAACCAUGGUACAGGAUGAGUACGUUAUUCAUGUACCAUGGUAUAUAGAUGGUACUCCAAGUUACUUCAAAGAAUACCAUGGUGCUGGUCCAAAAAAACUAUGGUAUUACCAUGGUACAUGCUACAUGGUAAUACCAUGGUAUUUUUAGUACUAUUUGUAAGUGGGGCCCAGUUGCCCUAUUAAGACAACAUUAUAUUUCCAAAGCUACAUAUUAGUACUGUAAGUAUUGAGAAUACACAGUCUAAAUAUCAAAAUUGUGUGUAAGAGAGAGAGAGACAGUGUGUGAUUGCAUGUCUGAUAUCUCUGUUGUUUUAAUACAUAUCUAUGCAGUGUUUAACAAAUGAAAUACAUUCCUAAAACCUUAAAACGGUAAAUAUUAAUGCUACCUAUGUAUAUCAGCAGACCUGUGUAUGUUUAAGUGAGAGAGGUCAUGCAUGUGGCUUUGAUGUACAUGAAAUUCAUGUCCAACGAUAUCCCCUGAUGCCUUCAGCACUUUGCAUAAGGCAUUUCAUCCUAUUUUGUAAUAUUUUCCAAUUUGUGAAUUAAAAACUUGGGCACUGUC